AUGGCUGCCCCUACAGUAGCUGUCGUAGGCCUGGGCGCACUGGGCCUUGUCACCCUCAAGAAUCUUCGAGAGGAAGGCUUCGACGCGGUGGGGCUCGAUCGCAAUGACUACGUUGGAGGUCUCUGGCAUUUUGACGAAGGAGACAAGCUGACUGUGAUGAGAACUACACUCUCUAACGGUUCGAAGCAGCGAGGAUGCUUUACAGAUUUCCCAUUCCCUAAAGACAGCCCCGACUUUAUUCCUGCUGAGGGUAUUGAUAAAUACCUUCGAGACUAUGCCAAACACUUUGGACUCUUAAAACAUUGUCGACUUCGCACCAGCUUCCAUGGUGCUAGAUAUGACGAGAAGCAGCAGAAAUGGCGCCUGUCCCUGUCCACGCCUGAAUCUCCAGAGCCUCAUAUGGAGUGGUUCGACAAGGUUGUUUUUGCUAUGGGAGCAGACCAGAUACCUUCCAGACCUAAGAUUGAGGGCAUUGAAAAGUUCAAAGGUUUUGUAGAACACUCCAUGACAUUUAAGAAUCCCGAGGUACUCGCCGGGAAAAAGGUCAUGAUUCUGGGCUUCGGCAACACUGCAGCCGACAUGGCAACUGAGUUGGCUCCCAUUGCUGACCAGGUCUACCUAGCACACCGACACGGUGCCAUAAUUGUACCCAGAUGGGUCAAAGGCAAGCCGGUAGACCAUGUACGAACCUAUCGCAAGUAUGUGAUGCUCAACAUGAUGAACCGCUACACACCGAGUCUCUGGGAGAAAACAAUGAAUAGCGUCAUCGGAAAGCUUGUUCACAAUACCUUUGAUCUCAAGCCGGAGUGGCGCUUUGACCCUGCCCCAUCAAUCACCAACCAACGUCCUCUUGUCAACGACGAAUUGAUCCCAUAUUUACAGAAGGGCUCUAUCGUCAGCACACACGGACUCGCUCGUGUUGUCGAUGAGAACACAGUCGAGACAAGCGAUGGCCAACAGUAUGAAGUCGACGCUAUUCUGUUUUGUACAGGUUUCACUGUGGAUUACUCAGUCGUGGGUAUGGACGCAGAUCCGUGUCGUGCCACAACCACAGAUUGGCAGAAGUCUCGAGGCUUCACGGGUCGUCCUCUUCCCAGACUGUACCAAAAUAUCUUCAGUCUCGACCACCCAAAGACUCUCGCUUUUAUCGGUCAUUUGUCCUUUAUGAACCCCGCCUUCUUCAUGUUUGACCUUGCCAGCAUGGCAGUCGCACAGCUAUGGAAAGAUCCCUCAGGCUUCCCAUCUCAAGCCGAGAUGAACAAACAAGUUGAUGAUCAGCAUGCCUGGGUCAUUGAUCUCGCUAAGAAGGGCCCUGUUACGCCUUCCAUUGUCAAACCAUCGGAGUGGAUGGAAUGGGUUGAUCGAGUAAUCGGCUCUGGUUUGCCAGAACAUCUCGGGUACACUAUGAAGGGAUGGAACUUUUGGUUGCGCGAUCGCAAGUUUUGCAACAUUCUCAUGGACGGUCUACUCAGCCCCCAUGCCUACCGUGUGUUCCCCGGCAAGCGAAAGACUUGGCCAGGAGCGAGAGAUGCCAUCAUUGCUAUGAACGCUGAUCGGGAGGCGAGGUUUGGACCUAUGGAUUAA